CUGAUCCUCUCAUUUUCGAACCAUUCGCAGCGUUUGCCAAGGGUACUCCAAAGACGGCGGAUGUCAUGGCGUGUGCCGUGGAAAGCGACGGAGUGUACAAGGACCGGAAUAUUCUGUUUAGCGUCCCGUUCUUUACCCAGAACGCCACACAAAUAGCCAGCCUAAAUAAAGCCCUAACACCCAAAGGAGUUAACACUUGGUCCAUCACUCCGCAGCUGCAGUCCAUAAAGCAAAAUCUAGACCAGUAUACGUCAGAAUCGGACAUGAUCAGCUCCGCUUCAUCCGACAUCUGGGAUGCGGGGGCGACAGGGGACGCAUGCGCAUUGACAUUGGACAUUGAGAAACUAUCCCCGAAAUCGGCACUGGACGAUGCAUCAUCCACGACGAGGUGGUGCAUCUCUCUGUAGUGGAUUGCACCACGACGAGGCGGUGCAUUCCACUAGAGUCGUCUACCUCGGCUG